UGGCUGAAAGGUACAUAUCAUUUUUUUAAAAUAUCUUUAAUUCUCUCUCCUGCAGAUAUAAAUGACUGUGUCAAUAUUCCUUGUUUGAACAACGGAACUUGCAUCGACCUAAUCAAUGGCUUCAACUGCAGUUGCCCUCCAGGAUUUGCCGGCAACCGAUGCGAAAUUGGUUAGAUACUUGUUGCUGCUAGUUGCAUUACAUUUCCGCCAAAACCUUCAACUUGCUAUGUAUCCGUUUAAACACCUAAAAAAAAGUGUUGGACGCUGUUGAAUGCUGAUGGCCGAUAAAUAUGGAUCAAUUUUAAAUCCUUAUUACAUUAUAUAUAUAUAUAUAUAUAUAUAUAUAUAUAUAUAUAUAUAUAUAUAUAUAUGUCCUACAUCAUCCAACAAUUGAAACAAUAUUAAUGAUGUUAUACUGACAUACGUUUUUUACUGGGCGGCUCUAGGGUCCACUGGAUUGUUUUGCAAUUUUACUGACCUCGAGUUUGUCUCAGUCCAUGAAAAUACCGAAAACAAAGAACUUGGCAAAUAACAACACAUAUAUCUUGGCCGAACAAGUUUGGUCAUUAACGCAUACUUAUUUAUUUGCCAUUAAUUUUUUAUUAUAUUUCACGCCUUCAGAUACAAACGAGUGUGCGGAACAUUCUCUGUUUGAAUGCACUGAUCGAAGUAACGGAUUCAAUUGCAGUUGUCCACCAGGAUUUUCGGGCAAUCGAUGUGAAAUUAGUUUCCUGUGUCUAGCUGUUAUUUUAUUGUUCGGUUUGAAAUCUAUACACUAACUGUCGGUGUUAGGUCUUUCAUGUUUAUUUAUUGUUGGUUUUGUGAAGAAGAGGUUUAUUUGCAUUUAUAACUUUCUUUCACAACUUUCAAUACUAUUGAAGAACCCUCCGCAAAAGUGGAAUUUCGUUCCUUUUGUUUGCAAUUUAUCCGUGAUUAUUGUUUGUUUCAGAUAUAAACGAGUGUGAGAGCAGUCCCUGUUUGAACAACGGAACUUGCACUGACAGAAUCAAUGCAUUCAACUGCAGUUGCCCGCCUGGAUUUUCUGGCAAUCGAUGUGAAAUUGGUUAGUAUGGUGUUAAGCUAAUUACCCUAUAAUGAUCUCGGAACGUUAAGACGUGCUCAAAUGUCAACGCCUAUCCCCCACUUCAGAAACUUCAAAGGACAUGGGUACGAUCUCGGCCAAAAUUCAUGGUUUGAAUUUUCAAUUGCUGAUUUCAAUUUUCAAAUUCAGCACUUGAAUUUUACAGCUGAAUUCAAGAAUUUAUACUCCUCCUUUAGAAUUCACAUCAUUGGAAAACGUUUUUACCCUUGUCGUUUAGCUUUUGAACUCAACUUUUUUAUUUGACCUUGCUCGCGGUGCAUUUUCAACUCGCCUUGUCAAAUUACACAGUCAAACCAUGUAAUUUUCAACUUGACGAACAAAUUUUUACACACUGCUACUUUUUGUCAGUUUUGAUACCUGAACCGGUACUCUACAUUUGACGGAUAUUAGAACUUUGCAUUCGAUACUUUUUGGCGCAUUUUGCCAGUCACAGCGUUAUAUUUCAAACUCAACCUCGUAUAUUUUGAACUCAACUUUUGAAUUUUUGUUUACGCCUCAGUGCGAAAAAAAUAAAGAACUUGGCAAAAAAUAAAAUGUACAUAUAUCUUGGCCGAACAAGUUUGGUUAUUACCGAAUAUAGAGAAUAUUUCAUGGAAACUGCUGGCGUACGGUGUGUACGCACGAGUUGUUGACGUAUCAGAAAUCGAACGAGUGAGCGCAGCGAACAAGUAAGAUUUCUGAUACAAAAACAACGAGUGCGUAAAUACCGUACAAAGCACUUUCCAUGUGGUAUUGUGUUUAUUAUAUACAUACUGAGACAUUCAUCAUUUUGGCGGCCUUUUUGUUUUAAAUCUUUCUGAAAAUGCUAAAAUUUGCCGCUACACACUUACCGCAAAAUGACAACGAAAACGAAGUAUCAGCUUAUUAGUAAAAACGUUUGUUAAAAACAAAAAUGACGGUAAGGAUAUGAGGUAAUCCAAGAACUAUAAGUGAAUCUUAACUGUUUGUUCUCAAUCCACAAUUGAAAAUGAGUGAAUUUAAGUAAAAUGGCCGGUUUCAAUAUAAGCUUAAGCUUAAAUGAAAGGCAAAGUAGCUCCGACAAAAAGCACAGCAAAAGCUUACGUCUCGUUCUGUUUUUCCCUUUCCGCUGUUGUUUCGCCGGCUCUCUACCAUUUUCUUUAUCGACAGUGAAACUAACGAAACUAUUCCACUCCAUUUCCGAAAUGUUUUUCACUUUUUUAGCGAGAAAAACUCUUCGAGUAAAACUUUUGUCGUUGAAUGUGUGCGAAGCGGCGCUGCAAGCUGCAAUAAAAGGCGGGAAUUUUGGCGCGAAACUCAGACACCUCUAUGGCUUCUGAUGGGACGUAUCAUUUUUCUCACGCGUGAAAAAACAUCGUUCGCGAUUCUGAUAGGACGUAUCAUUUUUGCACGUGUGAAAACCAUCGUUCGUUCCUCUGAUUGGCUAGAACUAAUUUGCGUACGAAAAUUUACGACAUAGCUUUUUGGUGAGUAUUUCUCAGUAUCUUUAUAAUAAACAUAUUUAUUUGUCAUUAAUUCUUUAUUAUAUUUCACGCCUUCAGAUAUAAACGAGUAUGAAAACAUUGUCCACCAAGAUUUUAGGACAAUUGAUGUGAAAUUCGUUUCCUGUGUUUAGCUGUUAUUUUAUUGUUCGGUUUGAAAUCUAUACACUAACUGUCGGUGUUAGGUCUUGCAUGUUUAUUUAUUGUUGUUUUUGUGAAGAAGAGGUUUAUUUGCAUUUAUAACUUUCUUUCGCAAUUUUCAAUACUAUUAAAGAACCCUCCGCAAAAGUGGAUUUUUGUUUCUUUUGUUUUUGUUUGCAAUCAUAUCUGUGAUUAUUGUUUGUUUCAGAUAUAAACGAGUGUGAGAGCAGUCCCUGUUUGAACAACGGAACUUGCACUGACAGAAUCAAUGGCUUCAACUGCAGUUGCCCUCCAGGAUUUGCCGGCAACCGAUGCGAAAUUGGUGAGAUACUUGUUGCUCCUAGUUGCAUUGUAUUUCCGCCAAAAGCUUAAUUCGACUUGCUACGUAUCCGUUUAAACACCUAAAAAAAGUGUUGAACACUGUUGAAUGCUGAUGGCCGAUAAAAUAAUAUGGAUCAAUUUUAAAUCCUUAUUACAUUAUAUAUAUGGGUCCUACAUCAUCCGACAAUGUUAAUGAUGUUAUACCAACAUACGUUUUUAUUGGGCGGCUCUAGGGUCCACUGGAUUGUUUUGCAAUUUUACUGACCUCCAGUUCCAGUCUCGGUCCAUGGAAAUACCGAAAACAAAGAACUUGGCAAAUAAUAACACAUAUAUCUUGGCCGAACAAGUUUGGUCAUUAACGCAUACGUAUUUAUUUGUCAUUAAUUUUUUAUUAUAUUUCACGCCUUCAGAUACAAACGAGUGUGAGAACAUUCUCUGUUUGAAUGCACUGAUCGAAGCAACGGAUUCAAUUGCAGUUAUCCAUCAGGAUUUUCGGGCAAUCGAUGUGAAAUUAGUUUCCUGUGUUUAGCUGUUAUUUUAUUGUUCGGUUUGAAAUCUAUUCACUGUCGGUGUUAGGGUCUUGCAUCACCGUUUAUUCAUUGUUGUUUUUGUGAAGAAGAGGUUUAUUUGCAUUUAUAACUUUCUUUCACAACUUUCAAUACUAUUGAAGAACCCUCUGCAAAAGUGGAUUUUUGUUUCUUUUGUUUUUGUUUGCAAUUUAUCUGUGAUUAUUGUUUGUUUCAGAUAUAAACGAGUGUGAGAGCAGUCCCUGUUUGAACAACGGAACUUGCACUGACAGAAUCAAUGCAUUCAACUGCAGUUGCCCGCCUAGAGCUUCAGGCAAUCGAUGUGAAAUUGGUUAG